CAUCAUUUCGAUCGGAAGAUCUCGAUCGGGGCGGCGAAAGAUGUUUCUGCGACGGGUGAUGCUGAGGGGUGGGAUGGGGGCGAUGAUGAUGCAGGCGGCGAAGAAGGUGAAAGAGACGACGGGGAUCGUGGGGCUCGACGUGGUGCCCAACGCCCGGGAGGUGCUCGUCUCCCUCUACACCCGCACCCUCAAGGAGAUCCAGGCCGUGCCCCAGGAUGAGGGCUACCGCAAGGCCGUCGAGAGCUUCACUCGCCACCGCCUCCAGGUCUGCCAGGAGGAGGAGGACUGGGAGGCCAUCGAGAAGCGCCUUGGCUGCGGCCAGGUCGAGGAGCUCAUCGAGGAGGCACAGGACGAGCUCAAGCUCAUCGGAAAGAUGAUCGAGUGGGAGCCAUGGGGAGUUCCCGAGGACUACGAAUGUGAGCUCAUCGAAGAUGACACUUCGAUUCCUAAACAUGUCCCUCAACACCGGCCUUGCCAGCUUCCAGAGGAGUUCUUCAAGACGCUUGAGGCAGUCUCCACGGAAUCGGUUCCCAAGAAUGAACCUGCACCUCAAGUGAAGGCUUAAUUAAACAUGUGAGUGUGGCUCUGCUGCCUGGUUUCAGGAUUUAUCCUCUCUUGUUUGAUAUUCUAUGCUUGAGAAUAAUAGUAGAAGUCAACAAAUACUCAGACUUUCUCCUGGAUCCUUUUUCUCAUGACAUUGACAUGAUUUCAUGUGUGAUGAAUCCCUUCUUCCCUUGUCGUUUUUGCUGUA